AGCAGGGUGUAUUGCCACUCACCAUUUUUACGUUGACACAUUUCACUAUAUCCCCGCUUCAAUUGCACAAUCAUUCUCCUACUCCUCACUACCCACUUCACUUUCCCAUUUUACCUUUCACCCCCAAAAUAAUUCCCUCUAUAUCCCUUCUCCUUUUAUUUGUCCCCAUUCCCCCAUUUUUCCUCCUCCAAAUCUCUCCAUUUCCCCUUAUUCUCUCCCUAUAAUUCUCUUCAAUCUUCCCCUUCUAAAUUUCCUCACAAGUUUCCAUUCCAAGUCAAUUUCUUUGCUAUUUUCUUCAUGUGUUUCGAUCUAAAAUUUCAUUUUUUUAUACGAUUAAUUCGUUGAAAAUUUCCAUUGUUUUGCUAUUUUCUUUGUUAGUUUUAUACGAUUAAUUCGUUGAAGUUUUCGGAUCUAUAAUCGGGUUGUAAAAAAAUCCGCUUCUGGGGUUGUAAAAAAAGAAGAGGCCAUUUUUAAGGUUGUCGGAGUUGUUGAUUUGUUGAAUUAACAAUUAAUUCAUUGAAAUUUUCGGAUCUGAAACCGGGUCAUAAAAAAAUUCCGUUUCCGGAUUUUGUGAAUUGUGGGUGUUUGUUGAUUUGUUACGGAUCUUGAACCGGGUCGUGAAAAAGCCGUUUUAAAGGUUGUCGCAGUUGUUGAUUUGUUGAAUUUGUUUCGGAUCUGGAACCGGGUUGCAAAGAUUUGUAUUUGACUUUUGAAGUUUGAAGAAGUCAAGGUUUGUUUUCGAUGUCUUCUACGUAUUGGUGUUAUAGAUGUAAUAGAUUUUAUAGAGUAUGGAGCGAAGAAUCUAUUACUUGUCCCGAUUGUAAUACUGGAUUUGUUGAAGAAAUUGAAGCUCCGACCCGAUCCACUUUAUCCGGGUCACGCCGCCGUCGUUUUCCUCCAGCUGCGGUUAUGAACGCGGCGCAUAAUACUGAUCCGUCUAAUGUUUCGGGUUAUGGUUCCGGGUCAAGUCCGGCUGUUCGUAGGACCCGAAGGAAUGCCGGUGACCGGUCACCGUUUAACCCGGUUAUCGUUCUUCGUGGUGCUACGAAUGGAGGUGGUGAAGGGGGUGGUGGGGGUGGUGGUGGUGGUGGUGGAGGGUUUGAGCUGUAUUAUGAUGAUGGAGCCGGGUCGGGUUUAAGACCUUUACCAGCUAGUAUGUCGGAGUUUUUACUCGGGUCGGGUUUCGAUAGGCUAUUGGAUCAGUUAUCACAGAUUGAAGCAAAUGGACUUGGUAGAUUGGAAAAUCCACCAGCUUCGAAAGCGGCAAUUGAGUCAUUGCCAACAAUUGAGAUUGUUCAGUUUCAUAUUGUUACGGAAUCUUGUUGUGCAGUGUGUAAAGAGGAAUUCGAGCUAGGCACCGAGGUGCGUGAAAUGCCUUGUAAGCAUUUGUACCAUUCAGAAUGUAUACUCCCGUGGCUUUCGUUGCGUAAUUCGUGUCCCGUUUGUAGACAUGAAUUGCCUACUGAGAGUAGGGAUCGCGAUGUUGUUGGUGAUACGAAUAGGGUGCCAUCGAGUGAGCCGAGUGUAGGAGGAAAUGGAAAUGAUGAUGUUGAGGAGGAAGCUGUUGGUUUGACAAUAUGGAGAUUACCGGGUGGUGGAUUUGCUGUGGGGAGGUUAGGUAGGAGAGGCGGUGGGGAACGAGCACUUCCUGUUGUGUUUACUGAAAUGGAUGGUGGUUUUAAUAACAAUAAUAGUAAUGGGGUUCCGAGGAGGAUUUCGUGGGGUUCUAGAGGGAGUGAAUCGCGGCAAAUUGGUGGAUUUAGGAGGUUUAUUGGCAACUUGUUUUCGUGUUUUGGUGGUGGUGGUGGUGGUUCAUCGGCUUCGUCAAGUUCUAGUUCAGAUUCUAGGAUAAAUCAAAGCAGAAGUAGUUCGAUGUCGUCUGUGUUUCUUGCUACUUCAAGAAGGCGAAGGGGUUGGGGUUUUGAAGCUAAUAAUGGAGUUAGAAGAUGGUAAGACGAAUGCGUUUAUCAUCGCUGUAAAUACACUGGAAGCUGGAAGUGAAUGCUUGGCUCCUUCAAUGGCGCGCAAGAGUUUAAUUUUGAUAUAUUUAUUAAGGUGAUAUUUAUGCAAAUGAGUUGAAGACUAUAUAGCAGGGGAGGAUGACAUUGGAAUAUUAGUGUAAGAAUUAGCUCCCUGCAGUGUAAUUCUUCGUUUUUAUUCUUUUAUCUUUUCCCCUUUUUAAGAUUUAGUGUCUUUUAAAUUCCGCCCCACUUGUUCUAUAAUUCUAUUGGAACUUAUGAAACUUACAUGAAUUCUCAGUAUCUCGUAUUUGGGUGUUUUUUUGGGAAUGCAGGUAAGUCCCAAAAUAGGGGACCCUGCAUUUAGUCUUGGGUUGUUAGUAAAAGGCUUGCUUUUGAUCAUGUAAUUGAAUUGAUCAUCGAAUUAUAAAUAGCAGACUGUUCCUUUAUAGAA